AUGAAUACCACUUUUACCCAAGUUCCUGGUAUGGUCCAGCUACCACCCAUGGAUGCAAGAAUCACUCCCCCUCCAGAGGAGUUAAACGUUGUCAUCCCCAAGCUGCAAACAUGCCACAUCCUCCCGCCCUCACCCCAAUCCCUUCCGGGUACACCAUACCCAGAAACACCCUCCACUUCAAACCCAUCCCCGCGCAAGAGGCAGCGCCGGCGCUCUUCGAGCUCUCGGUCUCGUCCCUCCAAACCGGAUGCCAAGCAACAACCCCAAACCAACUCGCGCCUCCUCUUCGAACCUCGGCCCUUUGAGAAUCUUUACACGGAUCAGGCUUACCUUGCUGGUGUCUUCCAGCAACAGGCUUCUCGAGCUUCAGAUCUUAUGAGAAGAUACUGCGCAGUUGAGCAGCAACUCCGAAACCUCAAUGGUGACCAAGGACGACGCAAGUUGCGAAAGCAGCUGAGCCUGCUAAAGUCCAAGAUGAACCAGGCUGUCGAGCAGGAAAAGAUCAUAUCCUCUCGUCUUUUUGAUCUGUACGUCGAGAUGCAGAGUCGCGAGACAUGGGCUCAGGCAUGGACUGCCACCAGCCCGAGUGUUGAGUCGUCUUGUUGUUUCAGUCCUGAUUCCUACAGCUUUCUUACCCCUACCACACUGUUUGUUAGUUCGCCAACGGACUUUGUCCCAAUGGGCUACUUCAACGACUUCCAUCAACCUGCUGGGCCAUUCUAUGCUUCUUCAGAGCCGGCAGUGUGGGGUUUGGAGACUGUCGAUGAAGCCGCCGAGGAUGUCUUAGAUCGGACACGACCUGAAUGA